AUGGCUUUUGGGCAGUGGCGGAGGCUUGUAUGGGCUGAGGUGGGCCAUGGCCCACCCCCAAAUAUUGGGAAAUUACGAAAAUACCCUCAGCUUAUUUUGUUUUUCCAAGUGACCCACAACAUUCUCACUUCAGACUUUUCCCCUUCCACUUCCUCUGUUACAGCACACACUUCUUCUCAUUCUUUGAAGCGCGACCGCCACACUUCUUCCCCUUCUGCCGCAAAAGUUAAGAAGAAGAAGAGUGUAACACUUGAUCAUUUUUAUAAGAAGAGAGUUUGUGAGAGUGAAAGAGAUGAACAAGGAAUGACUCCUCCAUCUCAACCUAUUAAAGUUCCAAGAAUUGAAGAAGACAUAACUCAUAUGACUCAACCUGUUGAUGUUCAAAGAAUUGAAGAAUUGCAUAACGCGGGUGAUUUUUUGAAUUCUUUAGAACGUGAUCCUGGAAAGCGUUCCCCAAUAUGGACAUUUCCAGCAAAUCAUGUGGAUGAAAUACGAAGAGCUUAUCUAAAUUGGGGUCCAUAUCAAAAGAAUAUCCUUUGUCUGGUACAGGAGAUCAUCCAAGACGGUUUUAGAGGUUGGAAGAGAGUUAGAGAUGGAAAGAAUUGUGCUUUUCUUAAGCACAUUGGGAAGGAUCCUUGCUCACAUCACAACAAUGCAGUGAAAGCUUGUAAUGACUUGUUGAAUCAAAGGGCACACAUUAGACAUGGAUUUCAAAAACAAAGCUCAAGUCAAAUUAUGAAUAACCGACUACGUCUCAAGGCUUCAAUUGAUGUUGUUCGUUGGUUAACACUUCAAGCUUGUGCUUUUAGGGGUCACGACGAAAAGGUUAUAUCAAAAAACCAAGGUAAUUUUCUUGAGUUGCUAAAACUUUUGGCCUCUUAUAAUGAUGAAGUUGCACAAGUUGUGUUGAAUAAUGCUCCAAAGAAUGGAAAAUAUACUUGCCAUCAAGUUCAAAAAGAGCUCUUGGCAAUUCUUUCUAGUAGAGUGAAAAAACAUAUCCGUGAGGAAAUUGGUGAUUCCAAGUUUUGUAUCAUUGUAGAUGAAGCUCGCGAUGAGUCACAAAAGGAACAAAUGGCUCUUGUGUUAAGAUUUGUUGAUAAAGAUGGUUUAAUACAAGAGCGAUUUUUUGAUAUGAGAUGUGUUACCAGCACUACAUCUUUAAGUCUUAAGGAAGCGGUGUGUGAUAUACUUUCUCGACAUAACCUUGAUGUUUCUAACCUUCGUGGUCAAUGGUAUGAUGGUGCAAGCAAUAUGAGAGGAGAAUGGAACGGUUUACAAGCAUUGUUUAUGAAGGAUUGUCCUUAUGCAUACUACAUCCAUUGUUUUGCUCAUAGAUUACAACUUGCCUUGGUUACUGCAUCAAGAGAAGUCAAACCAAUUCAUAAAUUCUUUGAGAAACUGACUUUUAUUGUCAAUGCUGUUUGUUCUUCUCCUAAGAGACAUGAUGAGUUACAAGCUGCCCAACUAAAAGAAAAUGAAUAUUUGUUGGAAAUUGAAGAGAUUGUACCUGGUAAAGGUGCAAACCAAAUUGGUACUGUGAAACGGGCAACAGAUACUCGAUGGGGAUCACAUUUUAGUUCUAUUUGUAGCUUGAUCCGCAUAAAUAUGGGGAUAACAGAUGUGCUUUGUCAAGCCUUGCAACUACAAGCUCAAGAUGUAGUUAAUGCUAUGUUUCUGGUUCGUAACACAAAAACUCUUAUUCAACAAUUGAGAGAAGAUGGUUGGGAUAAAUUACUUGCUAAUGUGAGAUAUUUUUGUGUAAGACAUGCUAUUGAGAUUCCUGAUCUCGAUGAUUUGCAUUCAACAACAAGAUUUGGACGCUCUCGUCUCGAAGAUAACCAGGUAACAAUAGAGCACUAUUUUAGAGUUGAAAUAUUUUUUACUACCAUUGAUAAACAAUUACAAGAGUUGAAUAGUAGAUUUAGUGAGGAGGCAAUGGAUUUGUUAACUCUAAGUUGUGCUUUGACUCCUAAGGAUAGUUAUAAAGCUUUUGAUGUUGAUACUAUUUGCACUCUUGUUGAUAAAUACUAUCCCAUGGAUUUCAAUGAUCAAGAGAAGAUUCACUUGUGUUAUCAACUCGAGCAAUUCAUUGUUGAUGCCCGCAAAGAACCAUGUUUGAAGAAUUUAUCAACUAUUCAAGAAUUAUGCUCGUGUUUGGUUGCAACUGAGAGGAAUAAAAUUUACUUCUUGAUUGAUAGACUACUCCGCCUUAUCAUGACUCUUCCAGUUUCUACAGCCACAACUGAGAGAUCUUUUUCAGCAAUGAAGAUUAUCAAGACUAGGUUGAGAAACAAGAUGGGAAGUGGGUUUCUAAAUGAUACCAUGACAGUUUAUAUCAAAAGGGAAAUUAGUGCAAGUAUUAGUUAUGAGUCAGUUAUUGAUGAUUUCAAGUUAGUUGGAUCGCGUAACGACUUAUUUUAA